GUAGGUAAAGCCACACGCGACUUGUUUCUAGUCGGACAUUGUUUUGAGACGGAACGAAGAAAUGGCCGCGUCUAUCCGAAAAAGUUAAAGUUAAGCUGUAACCUGAAUUAGUCAAUUCAAAACGUAUUUUCCUGGCAAAUAGUUGCGACAAAUCAUGGGUGUCGUGAGACAUGUCGUGUGCGCGAUGUCUGGGGGAGUUGACAGCUCUGUUACGGCUUUGUUACUCAGAAGAAGAGGGUACCACGUUACUGGAGUGUUUAUGAAGAACUGGGAUUCCCUGGAUGAGAAUGGGGUGUGUUCAUCCGAAAAGGACUGUGAAGAUGCCUACAAAGUGUGCCAGAAUCUGGACAUACCUUUCCAUCAAGUGUCCUACGUGAAAGAGUACUGGCACGAAGUGUUCACCAAUCUUUUGAAGGAAUAUGAGAAGGGCAGGACACCAAAUCCAGACAUUCUGUGCAACAAACACAUCAAAUUCAACCACUUCUACAAUUAUGCUAUCAACGGCUUGGGAGCUGAUGCCAUGGCGACAGGCCACUAUGCCAGGACAUCUCAGGAGGAUGAAGAUGUCUUCCAACAGAGGCAUGUGGCUCCUCCCCCUAAACAUGUCUUCAGAGACCGCUUUGAGAUCCGGAACCCGGUGAGGUUGUACCAGGGAGCGGACCGUUUUAAGGACCAGACAUUCUUCCUCAGCCAGAUUUCUCAGGAUGCUUUGCGGCGUACAGUCUUUCCCCUGUCGGGACUCACCAAAGACUACGUGAAGAAGAUUGCAGCCGAGGCCGGCUUCCAACACGUCCUGAAGAAGAAAGAGAGUAUGGGCAUCUGCUUUAUUGGAGAAAGGAAAUUUGAGGAUUUCAUUCUAGAGUAUUUAGAGCCAAAACCGGGGAACUUUGUCUCCAUUGAGGAUGGCAAGAUCAUGGGGGAACAUCAAGGUUGGUUCACCCUGACACUAGGCCAAAGGGCUAGGAUUGGUGGGCAGAGGGAUGCAUGGUUUGUUGUGGACAAAGACAUUACUACUGGAGAAGUGUUUGUGGGUCCGACCACCAAUCACCCGGCUCUAUUCAGAGACACGGUACGAACAGAUCGUUUCCAUUGGAUAACGGAGGACCCUCCCACUGAGCUGAUCCAGACUAAGAUGAUGGAGUGUCACUUCCGCUUCAUCCACCAGAUGCCUCUCACCCCUUGCACUGUGACCUUGAACAUGGAUGGCUCUGUGUGGAUCAUGCUGUCUCAGCCGAUCAGAGCACUCACACCAGGACAGUUUGCAGUGCUGUACAAGGGGGAUGAGUGCCUGGGAAGUGGGAAGAUCGUCCGUCUGGGCCCCACAGAGCACACUCUCCAACAGGGGCGAGACCGCAUGAAGGAAGCCCCUGUGGCCAAGGAGAGGACUCCGGAACCAGCCAGCUGAGCCUGAGAAAGACUUCCUAGAAACAGAUCUAAGCCCUAUCCACUGUCGAUAUGGACCUAACCUUACAUUGCAGACUUCAGUGGACAAGACUACUGUACUUCCACAAGCCUUACCCCAUUCUCUGAACCUCUACUAAAGAACAGAAGAGCACACUGAUCAUGCUUUCGGACCUGUCCACUCGUCAUAAAACACACACUCAAACUUCCUCUGUACUGUUGCCCUCAGUUGAUACUUCUUCCUAUUAGGUUACUUGUGAUGUACAUCAUUAUUUGAUAGUGUGGACUGUGUACAAUCAUGCACAUGGUAAAUCAUUGUCUAAUUUAUUUAUUUGGACAGAUUAUUACAAAAUGUGAAAUGCAUAUUAAAAAAAUGUAUGGCUUUUGUGAAAAUCCAAACAAGUCGAGUGCCUGUUCCUUUGGUGCCAUUUCACCUAAGCACAUUUUGGAUUGAACUGCAUUCUUUGCAACUACUACAAAAUAUGCAAUAUGUAAAUAGAGAAUAACUUUAAUUCAGAACUGAAGAGCAAGUGAUUAAACUUACGAUUGUUUUAAAUUAUAAGUGAUUUCU